CUUAAUGUCUGGCCGCGAUCCCCGCUGUUCCGAUUUAUUAGUUAUCCACAGAUUCGCAUUUUCCUCUCUUUUCCCAAAAUUCUCAUUCUCCUCAUUUCUUUUUUAUUUUCUUCAUUCCAACAUUCUGCCAUUUUGGCUUCUCAUUUCUUGGAGAUUCAGCAUCGUUGCAAAUCACACUUUCCAUGUUCAUCCCAAACAGGAUGAAGGUAGGCUUUAAUGGAUUAAGGGGUAAAGAAAUUUCACUUAUUUCUAUUGUUCUCAUGUCUGCAACUAUCAUUUUUUGGUCAUGGGAGAAAAUGCCUGGUCUUAAUACCUUUCUUCCUCCUGAAACACCACCUCUGCAGUUCUCUUCAGAUCAUUUAGUUACUACUCAUUCAGUCGAGGUGCUAUCACCAGAUCUUCGUUUGGGUGAAGAUGACUCAUUGUUGGCAAAGACUAAGGCCACCAAUGAGUACAAAGAAGAACUCCAUCUGGAGGGAGUAUCACAGACUAUUCCUUCAGAAAUCUCUUCAGGGAAGAACAAUGGUGAAGAUGGCUCACCAUUACUGCCAAAGGAAAAGACAGCUAAUGAACCAGAAAAUCUACAUCUUGAAGGAGCAUCACAAAAGAUUCCUGCACAAACCUCUUAUGAAGGAGAAGAUGGCUCAUCAUUGACAAAAGAAAAUACUGCAAAUGAAGGAAAAAAACUGCAUCUUGAGGGAGCAUCACAGGUGGUUCCUGCACAAACCUCUUCUGGGAAAAGCAUGAGUGAAGAUGGCCCACCAUUGGCAAAGGAAAAGACCACUGAUGAUCCAGAAAAAGUGCAUCUCAAGGGAGCAUCACUGAUGGUUCCUGCACAAACCUCUUCUGGGAAAAGCAUGGGUGAAGAUGGCCAAUCAUUGGCAAAGGAAAAGACCACUAAUGAAGCUAAGGAGGAGAAAACUUUGAAACAAGAACAGGAGCAUAGAAAGGAUUCUGUGACGAAUUCUCCACAAACAAGCUCUUCAAUCGUUGGGAAAGACAACAAAUGGGAAAAUUCUACAGAAAGUAAAGUCUGUAACUAUGCAAGAGGAAAAUGGGUCCCAGACAAAAAUCGACCCUUAUAUUCAGGUUUUGGUUGCAAACAGUGGCUAUCAACAAUGUGGGCUUGUCGCUUGAUGCAGCGUACCGAUUUUGAAUAUGAGAGGCUUCGAUGGCAACCCAAGGAUUGUCAAAUGGAGGAAUUUGAAGGUUCUAAAUUCUUGAGAAGGAUGCGAAACAAAACUCUAGCUUUUGUUGGAGACUCAUUGGGGCGACAACAGUUCCAGUCUUUAAUGUGCAUGAUCUCUGGUGGUAAGGAUAAGCUUCAUGUUGAGGAUGUGGGGAGGGAGUAUGGAUUGACUAUAGCUGAUGGUUCUGCCCGUCCUAAUGGGUGGGCAUUUCGCUUCUCAAGCACUAAUACGACCAUCCUGUACUACUGGUCUGCAAUCCUUUGUGAUGUUGAACCUAUUGAUAUAAACAACCCUAACACGGAUUAUGCAAUGCAUCUCGAUCGACCACCAGCGUUCUUGCGCCAGUAUCUCCACAAGUUCGAUGUAUUGGUUCUCAACACAGGUCACCACUGGAAUCGUGGAAAGCUCAAUGCUAAUCGAUGGGUAAUGCAUGUUGGUGGUGUGCCAAAUACUGAUAAGAAGAUAGCAGUGAUUUGGGGUGCCAAGAAUCUUACAAUCCACAGCAUUGUUAGUUGGGUGAAUUCACAGCUUCCAAAAUAUCCAGGUCUUAAAGCAUUCUUUCGAACCAUCUCUCCUAGGCAUUUUUUUGGUGGGGACUGGAACACAGGAGGCAGUUGUGACAACACCAAACCAAUGUCUGUUGGAAAAGAAAUAUUGGAAGAAGAGUCCAGUGAUCAAGGCGCUGCACAUGCAGUAAAGGGAACAGGUGUUAGACUCUUAGACAUAACAGCUGUUUCUCAGCUCAGGGAUGAGGCUCAUAUAUCACGGUUCAGUAUUACAGCAAAGCCUGGUGUGCAGGAUUGCUUACACUGGUGUUUGCCUGGUGUUCCUGAUACAUGGAAUGAAAUACUCUUUGCUCAAAUCUAGUUUGCGCACUAUGGUCGAAGACUAUUUGGUUGGCGUUGAAAAGGUUACGACAAUUUCUUGGCUUGGAAAGGGUCAUUCACUUUCAAAACCAUAGUUUUUCAGAGAAUGCAAUCCUGGAGGUUUGCUACAUGUGCUAACUGAGUUCAUUCUUCAGAGAAGAUUGAUGAAAUAUCUGAGAUCGUACAUUGCAAAGAUUUGCUAUACGGCAUUGCCUUAAAAAUACCUCUGAAUACUCAAAUUUUGUGGUCUUUUGUUGUGUGACUUAUUUGACAUGUAAAUUAGUUACUCCUUUAUAUGGCCAACACAUAUAGAGUGUUCAGUAGAAAAGAGGAUCGAGAAACAGCUGCAGUAUAGGAUAGGAUCAUUCGACUGUUACUGAAAGUGAGUUCUUCAUAAUUUAUUGUAGCCUAGAUUCAAAUGAAAUAGAACAGGAAACACCCGUGCUCUCUAUUUAAAAACGAAACAGACAGGGUGGAAGAGAAUAGUGUAUUAUUAUUAGUUUUGGAUUUUUUAUAAUGGAGUUUCAAAGCUUAUAUGGCGUA